AUGAACGUGAAGAAACUCAUGCUCCCCGCCAUCUCAUUGGCUGUCUUGAUCGCAGGUGCUGUUAUGCUCGGAAUUGGUAUCAAUAAAUACCAAUCGUCGGGUAGCGGCGAUUCGACAGGUUUUCAGCUGUCAAACGCUUUGAGUUCGACGUCAAAACAACAGCGUCAACGUCCCAAGAGAGAUGCGCCUAAGAAACCAACUGUAAUUAUACUAGGAAUCAGUGCCGCUCGUCAAGGCGGAGUGACUGUGAUGAGUGGACUAUUAUUCUCGAUUAGCUAUGCUCCAGAUGCUGCACAGCUGAGAGACUCUAUCAACAGCAUGUCGAACACCUAUCUGUUGAAUAUGAUUGGUAAUUUCUUGCAAAGCACUAGUGCCCAAUCAACUGCGACAACUUCACGGAUUUCUACUUCCUCACGUUCAACCUCAUUGGCCUUGAGCAGUUCAACAGCAGGAACAACAACUCCUUCGUCAACAGCCACGUCAAGCCUCAAACCAUCCCCAUCUCAUCCAAUAGUAAUAUCAACCCCUUCGCCAACGACCACGUCAAGCCCCAAACCAUCCCCAUCUCAUCCAAUAGUAAUAUCAACCCCUUCGCCAACGACCACGUCAAGCCCCAAACCAUCCCCAUCUCAUCCAACAGUAAUAUCAACCCCGUCGCCAACGACCACGUCAAGCCCUAAACCGACCCCAUCCCAGUCAACUGAAACAACAACAAUGAUACUGCCCACUGGACCCACCGGCUCUCUGCCUUGCUUGGUUGAUAUUGCCAUAGCUUUUGAUGCGUCAAACGUGGCCGGUAAACCGAAUCUUGUUGAGCAAAUCAAUUUCGUUGCGAAUCAAUUAUCGAGUAAAUGGGUCGUGAAUCCUGCUGCUACUGAGGUGUAUGCUAUCGCUGGUGGUUUGGAUGAUGCAUCGCACACCCAGGGCGACAUGAACUAUACUGAUCUGGCUGAACUUCAUCGAGAUCUUUUGCAUUUGAGUUGCUCGCCAUUACAGGGCGACGAAAGCAUUGAGGAACAGUUCGGCGAAUUCGCCUACUCAUUAUGGAACAAACGCAAAAAUGUUCGGCUGCUCACAAUGGUGUUCACGUAUGCCAGCCUUUAUGAGGACGUCAAAUCUGCUCUUUAUUAUGUUGAUGAGUUUUCGAGUAACAACAACAAGAUCGUUAUUAUUGCAAUAGGUGAUCGAGUUAACGUCAGACUGCUCAAAUCUAUCACAGGCUCAGUAAUCGCGGCGAAUCACUUCGAUGAGGAUUUAUCUACUAAGAUUAACGCAGAAAUUUGCUCGCCAAAACUUGACAGGUUGCCUUUACCAGAAGCACCUUCAACGACCCCGCAAUCCUCAACAACAUCAACAGCACCGGCCACAACCCAUCUACCGACCGAAUCACCGCAACAUUCAAACCUGACUUGUUCGGUGAAUAUCGCCAUCAUUAUGGACGCUUCAAAUGCUGCCGGAGUCAUCAACAUAAAAAAGCAAGCAGAAUUCAUCCGACAACAUUUGGUCAGCUCAUGGAAAGUGGCUGAAACGGAAACCGAACUGGAACUCUAUGCUAGCGCAUAUGAAGACUACAAAGGUGGAAAAUACAUGUGGAAUUAUCCAAGUAAUCUGCAAGUCUACGAUGAUUUAGAUAUGCUGCAAACUGUGGGACCUUUUGGAGACGUAUGCUUGGAUUGUGCAAUACUCCUGGUUUCUAAGGAUUGGAUGAUCGCUCCAUAUGGAAGACCUCAUACAAACAUUUUCUUCGCAUAUGACACCCGAGAUUUAGACUCGCAGUUUGCAGAAAGUGAUGUUGCAAGAAUCAUUUCUCCUUCUCCUAAAGACAAACUAAUCAUUGUUGGUGUGGGAUCUAAAGUGAAUUCAACACAACUUAGAGCAAUCACAAGCCAUGUCUUGCUUACAGAUGGGCUGAACGAAGAUUUAGCAGUAAAGGACUUUGUUGCAGAUCAACGACAGGAUCUGUUGAAGACAUAUCGUAUCUUCGGUGAGCUUGCACAAAAUCAACAAGAAUGA